CUUAAUUUUCGAGGAAUUGAACUGCAGUUGGCGAAUAGAAACUGUCUAGAGUAACAAUGCACAUUGUUUAGAUAGUCACUUUAGGACCGUACUUGACCUCAACAUCUCCAGUGAGAGUGUUAUUUGAGCGUCUUCGAGAAUACACUUUCAGGCGUCCGAUAUGCGGCAGCAUGUGCAAUUACAGCCCCUUACGUCCAAAACUUUCCUCAGCGCUGACUUAUACUGAAAACCAUAUUCACACCUCGUGCUUGGCGUUGUUGGUUUUCGUAUAUUAGCAGGGAGUAUUGGCAACGUACUAUGGGCAAGAAACAACACCAAAAGGACAAGCUCUAUCUUACAACCACGGAAUGGAAAGAAAUUGGAGGUCAUAAAGAUGAUACCGGUACCCGUUUACAACGAGCUCAGUUCAAGCGACUUCCUCUUACUCAUUGCGCUCUUUCAUUACUUCCCUUUGAAGAUCCUGUUUGUACGAGAUCUGGGGAGAUUUUUGACUUGACUUACAUAAUUCCCUAUCUGAAAAAGAAUGGCGUCAACCCUUGCACAGGAAAAAAGCUAAGCAGCAAAGAACUCAUUCCUUUGAAGUUUGAUAAGGAUGAGCAAGGUCAUUUCCGCUGUCCAGUAACAUUUCGCCAGUUUACCGACCACACAUAUGUGGUGGCAAUUGCAACCACUGGUAAUGUGUUUUCCUAUGAAGCAGUGCAGGAGCUGAAUUUGAAAGCGAACCAUUUGAAGGAUUUGCUCACAGACACUCCUUUCCAUAGAAGUGACAUCAUCGUCCUGCAGGAUCCAAACCAUAUUGAGAAGUUUAAUAUGGAGAAGUUUUACCAUGUUCAAUUUGAUCCGAAAACUAAAGAGCAACUGGAGAAGGAAAAGAAGGAAAUGCAGGAUCCAAAGUUCUAUAUUCGCCGCAUGAAUAACGAGACUAAAGAGGCUUUGGAUCAACUCAAGAAGGAAUACACUCUCAAGAAAAUCGAGCCCGAACCUGAAGAAACUGCUGAUGAGAUCAAUGCAGCACACUACAGUCAAGGACAAGUAGCUGCUGGAUUCACUUCCACUACCAUGGCACCUAUAACUAAGCAAAAAGCAGCUGUACUAUCCAAUGAGGCUGUUCGAUAUAAACGAGUGAAGAAGAAUGGUUACGUUCGUAUAAUUACUAAUCAUGGGUCUUUGAAUAUCGAGUUGUUUUGUCCUAAAGCUCCAAAAACUUGUGAAAAUUUCAUUUUAUUGUGCCGAAGAGGGUACUACAAUAACUCGAAGUUCCACAGGAUAAUAAAGAAUUUCAUGAUGCAAGGGGGUGAUCCCACGGGGACGGGUCAUGGUGGAGAAUCAGCCUGGGGAAAACCAUUCGAUGACGAGUUUGCACCGGGCCUUUCUCAUGAUGCGCGAGGGAUCCUUUCAAUGGCGAAUAAGGGUACGAACACAAAUCAAUCUCAGUUCUUCAUAACAUUUCGGCCAUGCAAAUACCUUGACAAGAAACACACAAUCUUUGGACGAGUGGUUGGAGGACAGGAAACCUUAAUAUCCAUAGAAAAAGUGGAGACAGAUGGUGACAUGCCCAAAGACCCAGUAUAUUUUAUGCGCGCCGAAGUAUUUGUCGAUCCUUUUGAGGAGGCUGAAGCAGAGGUUCAGAAGGAGCGCGCAAGUUUAUUGAGUAAAGAUGCGCAAAAAGAAGCUGACGCGAAAAGAGAAGCGAUCGCUAAGCCCAAGGCAUUUACCACAGGAGUUGGAAAAUAUAUAAAUCCUCAAAACAAAAGACUCGCAAGUGAUGGGUCACCAGCAGCUGUCAUGGCAAAGAAGAAGGCUGUUAAGUCUUCACUAACAGAUUUCUCAGCUUGGUGAUACUUGUCUAAAUGUGUUUUCCUUGUAUCUUGAUACAGGUCUUUAAAUGUUAUUUUCGUGCGCUCCAGCGGUGGAUUUUUACCUUUCAGGCUGUAUGUUGUUGAACAGAUAUUACCUAUAAGGUUUGAUUGUGCCAGAUUUUGAUCUCUGAAUAUGCAGUUUUGCUCAAAGUUUGUAAAUUCCAUCAAUCCUAUCCUCAUCAUCAGGAAAAUUUCAGAGAUGGUUAGCUGACUAAUACACUUUUUACCGAAUUCAAGACAUUCAUAAUGUAUGCUUUCUUGACGCUGCUAAGAAAUUGCGAAAGCACAAAAAGAGUAAAGUACCAGGAGAAAACUGCGAGGUAAUCUUAUCAGCACAAGGUCUAGCAAAGGGUUUUGUUUAAUAAGAAGACAUUCUGUUUGGCUUCGCAUAUAUUUUUUCAAUGAAAUUUGCCGUAUAAAGCAUUUAGAAG